CCAACAUGGAAUUUACUCUUUCCCAAUUCCCAGCCUAUCCAUAUCCGUUGGAAACUUUAAGUUUUCAGCUGGUCACUUUAGCGCGCAGAGGCAGAGCUCCUCCUGUAUCUCCUUCCUCGUCAAUGGCGGCUCUUGUAUCCACCACUCCAAUCAGAACAUCGUUAACCAUAUCCGGUCCUUCUUCCCUUUUCAAGGGAAAUGUGACGAGUCUGAAAGCAAAACCAUGCAAUUUCAAUCCGCUCUCCGGGACCCAUUCGACGAGCAGACCUCAGGCGAGACCAUUCAUGGUGGUCAACAAAAGGGCCUCUGCUGCGGCCGCGGUUCCGGCGGUUGGCGAGCGGUUCCGGCUGAACAAUCUGGCGCCGCAGCCAGGUUCGAGGAAGAAAGCAAAGAGAAAGGGAAGAGGUAUCGCCGCCGGGCAAGGUAACAGCUGCGGGUUUGGGAUGAGGGGACAGAAAUCCCGGUCGGGUCCUGGCGUGAUGAGAGGAUUCGAGGGUGGGCAGAUGCCUCUCUACCGUCGUAUCCCUAAAUUGCGGGGAAUCGCUGGAGGUAUGCAUGCUGGUUUACCUAAAUAUGUCCCGGUAAACUUAAAGGACAUAGCAGAAGCAGGAUUUCAAGAGGGUGAGGAGGUUUCACUGGAGAGUUUGAAGGAGAAGGGCUUAAUCAAUCCAUCGGGGAGAGAAAGGAGACUUCCUCUCAAGAUCCUAGGUGACGGGGAGCUAGAUGUGAAGCUGAACUUUAAAGCUCGUGCCUUUUCGACCUCAGCCAGGGAGAAGCUGGAAUCUGUUGGCUGCUCGAUCACCGUGUUGCCUGGCAGAAAGAAGUGGCUGAAGCCAGCAGUUCUCAAGAACCUUGCUAGAGCUGAUGAAUACUUUGCAAAGAAAAGAGCUGCUGCAGCAGAGGCUUCUGAGCCUGACCCAGCAGCCUCUUCGUGAUCUGUGUAUACUUUAUUUAUUAAGCAGGAAAUUGCCCAUGCAAAAUGUAGAAUAGCCCGAGCAGACAUCCAGCGAGGUAAAAAAAUUUCAUUUGUUCUUCUUCCACACUACUAUGGAUGGUUACCUUUUUGCUCCUCCUCAACCUCAAUGCUUGAUUAUUGUGUGCUGUAUGUAUAGUCUGUGCCCUAAACAAGAGUCUGGUUUCUUCACUGCCUUAAUUGUAGUUGAGAGAUCAAUUCAUGCAUAAGAAAGUGAAGCUUUUCCAUUACAUUUUUCCAGAGGGCUUUUUCUUGCCACAUAGC